CAACACUUCCCCCUCCCCUCUCCCAUUCAUUUCCUUUCUCUUUCACUCUGUCCCCUCCCUAGAGUUUUCAUUUCCCUCUUUCUAGAGCUCUAAUCUGCUCAAUUCCGGCGGCCCCGCAGCCCGUCGCCGCCCUACAUCACCGUCUCUCUGCUCUUGCGACUCUCUUUGGUCGCCCAUCUUAUGCAAACGUUAAAUUAUUCUUGAAUGCCUUCAGUUACUAGAAGCAUGGGCCUUUAAAACCAAGCACCUUUCAUCUUGUUCUCAUUUUUUAUGAUUCAUAGAGAUAUUUAAUGUGCUUUCACUAGGCCAAAAUGAAGACUUCACAGGACUCACAAAAAUCACAAGCAAAACAACCUUCAACCCAGGUUUCACAUGAUUCACAAAAUGAUCAACCAAACAAUACAACGGAGAAUCUGGAUGCAGAUUCUGUGUCAGUUUCGGCAUCUGGCAAUGAAAACAGGAAAAUUUCACGUGAAGAUAUUGAGCUCGUUCAAAACUUGAUUGAGAGGUGUUUGCAGUUGUAUAUGAAUAGAGAUGAAGUAGUGAAAACACUUCUAAACCGGGCAAGGAUAGACCCUGGAUUUACAACUCUAGUGUGGCAAAAGUUAGAAGAAGAAAAUGCUGAUUUUUUUCGGGCCUACUACAUAAGGCUGAAACUGAAGAAACAAAUUAUAUUGUUCAAUCACUUGCUUGAGCAUCAGUAUCAUCUAAUGAAAUACCCAGUACCUCCCAAUGUUCCAUUAGCUCCAUUGCAAAAUGGUAUCAAUACCAUGCCAGUCAACAAUUUACCAAUAGGAUAUCCUGUACUGCAACAACCGCCAAUUCCUACAACAGGUCAACCUCAUAUCAGUCAUAUGGAUUCAAUGGGUUUAUCAAGCUGUCAUGUGGUCAAUGGAGUACCUGCACCAAGCAACUUCCAGCCGAUCCGGAAGAAUGCUGUGAAAGAAAUGGUGAUUGAAACCGCUCAAACCAGUGCAUCAGAUGCAUCCGCGGCUGCUCCACCAAGUAAUGCCAUUUCAUCUAUUCCAGAUAUGCCUGUAAGCCCCACACAAGCUGCCUCCAGUGGUCAUUUUCCCUUUACUGCAUCAGAGAUAUCUGGGAUGGGAGUAGACACAUCAGCCCUUGACACAGCCUUUGCAUCUGAUGCUAGCUCAGUAGGACUACAUCUCCCCACUGAUAACGGAGCUGGAAAUUCUAGAGAUUUUCUCAGAUCCUUGGCUCAGAUUCCUUGGAAUUUCAGUCUUUCGGACCUAACAGCUGAUUUACCAAACUUGGGAGAUCUAGGAACUCUUGGAAAUGACAGUGGCUCGCCAUUUUUGCAUUCUGAUUCAGAUGUUUUACUCGAUUCUCCAGAGAAAGACGACUUAGUAGAUGAGUUCUUCGCCGACUCCAUCCCUGGGUCAGCUGGACCUCAAUCGGAUGAAGAAAAUCCCUAGUGAUGACGGAAUGUAAGGGUACCCUGACUACCCUCUAAAUACCAAAGAAUUAGUGGUUCAGAACUAUGAUCACAGAGAGAUGACAAUGCAUAGAGACCAUUCCUUACCGGGCUUUUGCUGUCCCGAAGCUUGUUGUUUAACUAUUUAGACAUUGUUAUUAUAGCUUUCAGAGCAGGUAAUUCGUGUUUCAGCUGAAUAUAUCUUCCAAACUAAGAUAUAAUUUAGGUUUGUUUUCAAACCGUUUCAGCUUGAGCUGCAACCUGAUUCUGCAAUGUUGUAUUCUGCUAUUACGAAACACGACGGUGUUCAUGAGCCCAGAUUAGAUUACUGCAAUAGUAGAUUGUUGCCUAAUUUAGGGCAUUAACACUAUGUUUGGUUCAUGGAAUUUGGUUUGGAAAAGAGAAGAAUUUGAUAAAAAUAAGAUCUUGUUUGGUAU